GAGGUUGAUAUUCUUUUGUAGAAAAGGAACAAAUCUAAAAAAACGGUUUUCUGAGGUAAAUUGAUAUUAUUUUCAGUAAUGAGGGAGGGGCAGUUGUCAUUCUAACAUGGAAGCUGUGACGUCAUAGAAUUCCUGUGAGUUGCUAUUUCUGCACGUAUAUCUGAUAGAUUUGCAUUGUAUUCUGUCACACAGUGUAUAUUCCUCCCCACUAUUCCCUCCAGUGCAGUUACACCGCUUCCCGAGCAGUUCUCCAGCCCCGCCCAUUAUUUCCCUUCACACACAAUCUGCGAUUGAAGCGCCACAGGCACAAUCUGACGGGCCGGAGAAGGUAACUGCCUCGUUGCAGCAUGGGAGUUGUAGUUUUGAAUCGCUUUACGUACAUCCAUUUUAAAGCGCUUCGAACUUCAGUUCCCGACACGGAGUGGGUGGCCAGAUGGCUACGUAACGUGUGGGCCGACGGGAGAUGUAGUUUCGCUACUAGCGGUGUCGCCUUGACUUUCAGGAAUUCGGCGGUGCUUGGGAACUACGUCUCCCGGUGUGCCUCGCCGCUGUGGUUUCCACCGGGAUCUUUAUCGGCGGAAGGAACGAAAGAUGGCUGCUUCGGCGGGGGCCAACGGGCCGGGCUCAGCCUCGUCUUCCAACCCGCGCAAAUUCAGCGAAAAAAUCGCCCUGCAGCGCCAGAGACAAGCGGAGGAGACGGCUGCCUUCGAUGAGGUCAUGAUGAACAUCGACUCCACCCGGUUGCAGGUGCAGAAGGUGAGGAUGGGGCACAUGAGGGGUCGAUACUAUGGAGGGUCCCUUCCCAACGUCAACCAGAUUGGCAGCGGCAGUGUGGAGUAUCAGGGCCCCCCGCAUUCCCCGCUGGAAUCUUCUCGCAACACCCGCCACCAUGGUCUUGUGGAGAGAGUUCAGAGAGACCCCCGGAGUAUGAUGUCACCCCUGCGUCGAUUUAUGCGCCACUUGGACAGCUCACCUUACAACGUGUCCUACCUCUCACCACAACAGGAGCCCAGCUGGAGAAGGAACAUGCCCUGGGGAAACUACCCCUCGGACACAGGACAGCUCUUUAGGUUGCCGACUGCUCUAAACAGGACAAAUUCGGACUCGGCUCUCCAUACCAGUGUGAUGAAUCCCAGCUCACAGGAUCCAUACGCUGCGGCCACACAGGGUGUAACUCUACCUUCUAACAGGAGAAGCGCUUUUCUCUUCCCAGCACCAGCUAUAGAGGAAGACCUCCAUGUGGAUAGUAGCCAUCUGCUCAAACCAUGUGAUGCUAAACGGAUGCUCAUGUCAUCUGCUCGGCCCAAAUCCUGUGAAGUGCCCGGCAUUAACAUUUGCCCAUCUGUGGACGAGCCUACCAGUAUCCCUCCAGUGGCCUCCAUCCUUAAUUCUGGGGGCUCACUGCCGGACCUCACUAAUUUGCACCUGCCUUCUCCUCUCCCCACCCCACUGGAUCUGGAUGAGUCAAGAUUUAGCAGUCUUAGUGGGGGAGGCAGCACUGGGAAUCUGACCAACACCAUGACCCAUUUGGGGAUCAGCAGGAUUGGGAUGCCCCCAGACUAUGAAAUUCCAGGCUUUCUACGAUUGUUAAUGCAGAACUCGUUGAGUCGGUCGUCCCUUCAGUCGUCACUGAGCAACCCGAAUCUCCAGGCCUCCCUUAGCAACCCGAAUCUUCAGGCCUCCCUUAGCAACCCCUCUUUGCAGACCUCCUAUAGCAACCCCUCCUUGCAGUCCUCUCUGAGCAGCCAAUCUCUGACCUCUUCCCUUAGUAACAGCAGCCAAAGCCUUCCCUCUGCAUACAGCACCCCUUCCUCCCCAUCUUCCUCGUUCCCUCCUCCAGUGCCGGCCCCCAUGAACACAUCGCCCCGUCGCAGAGUCCCACUGAGCCCUCUCACUCUUCCUCUUGGGGGAGACUCUAGAAGACCCCACCAGAAACAGUUCUCCCCUACAAUGUCUCCUACACUGAGUUCCAUUACCCAGGGAGUCCCUUUAGAUACAAGUAAUCUUCCUGGUGACCAGAGGCUGCCUCCAUACCACUUUAGUCAUACCAGUCUUCUCCACCCAUCUCAGCAGUCCCAGCAGCCUUUGCACCAGCAACUUCAGCCGCCAUCCCAGCAGCCUUUGCACCAACAACUUCAGCCUCCAUCCCAGCAGCCUUUGCACCAGCAACUUCAGCCUCCAUCCCAGCAGCCUUUGCACCAGCAACUUCAGCAGUUCCAUCGCUCCCAACAGCCAUCGCAUCAACCUCAGCAGUCAUCGCACCAAUCCCAGCAGCCUCUGCAUCAAACUCAGCAAACACUGCAUCUGUCCCAGCAGUCUUUGCACCAGCCUUUGCACCAAACUCAGCAACUGUUGCACCAGUCCCAGCAGCCUUUGCAUCAAACUCAGCAAGCAUUACACCAGUCCCAGCAGCCUUUGCAUCAAUCCCCACACAAUCUGCAAAAGUCUAAGCAGCCUAUGCACCAGUCCCAGCCGUCUCUGCCCCAUUCUCAAUCUUCUGUGAACCAGUCCCAGCAGCCUGCUCAUCAGUCACAGCCAACAGCAAACCCAUCUCAGCAAUGUCAGCAUCAGUCCCAAGCACUCAUGAAUCCUUCCCAGCGACUUUUGCCACAGACUGAAAUACCUAUGAAUCAAUCUCAUCAACAGUGUGUGAACCAGUCCCAGGCAACAUCAAACCUAUCCCAGCAGCAGUCCCAGUCUCACCAGUCCUCUCAACACAGUCAGCAGCUUCUGCAGCAAUAUACCCAGAAGCCUUUGCAACAAGCCCCCCGGGGUUCUCAGCAAAUUCAUUCUGCAUCACAGCACUUUCCAGCACCAUGUGAACAGAAUUCAGGGGCUCAGUCUUAUCAGCAACUGUUUGAACAUUACAGCCUGGGGAAUUUUGAACAGUUUAAUAUGGAGGAAGGUGACACUGGUGGGUGUUUUGGUGGGAGCAGUGGAUUAUUCUCUGAGGAGCAGCAGCCCAGUGGGACCCAGUCUCUAAACAAGUACAACCUGAACAACUGCUCCCGACAUGAACCCAUCCCAGAUAUCAUCCUCUCAGCUGUUGACUCCACACCUGGUUUCUCAAAGGAAAUCACAUCUGCCUUGUCCUGCGUCCCUGGGUUUGAAGUUGACCAGUCCCUGGGAUUAGAGGAAGACUUUAACAUUGAACCACUCACCUGGGAUGGACUCAACAUGCUGAGUGACCCAUACGCCCUCCUUACCGACCCCCUGGUGGAGGAUUCCUUCCGCUCUGAUCGGUUGCAAUGAAGGGAGCAGAGCUUCUCCCCUCCAAGUCCAGUUCUCAGGGGUUCCAUCACCAGCAUGAAGAUCCAAGCAGCCAAAGAAAAGCUCAGCUCUGUGUACAGAGAAACCUAUAGUACUGUAUGUAAUAGGCCAGUGCAUAAGAGACCUGAGCAUCAAAGAGCUACGAAUGUUCUGAUAAAUCUGGUUCUGUGCUGGACACAGAUAAUUUCCCUUGCCUGCAUUUGCCCCAGCCUUCCUCUCCAGCAGAUUUAUUCUAUCAUGUAUCUUCUAGGUUUAAUUCGGACUUCCUUCCUUUUAUUCUGACGCUGAUUUGUUCUGAUGAAAUAUUCCAAACCAGCAGAUGGAUUACGUGGAGGAUCUCCUAGACUGCAGUUGAAACGAGACAUGAGGACCCCAAGAAUCCAAACUAAUAGAAGGUGAAGAUGCCAUGGGAGGAAUUAUUCCAUAUUAGAUGAGUGAUCUGAGGUCCAGUUUCAGAAAUGCACCCAGUGAGCAGCUUCAACUGAAAGUGAAGACCCUAAGGAGUAGGAUAACCAUGAUGGGAAGAUCCCAAGUAAAUGUCAUGUUUCUCAUCCAGCUUCUCUAAAGAACCACUUCUGUUGGACAGACCUACAUCCUACACUAUAUCUCCAAAAGUAUUGGGACCCCUGCCUCUCCAACAUCACAUUCUCCACCCAAGGGUGUUAAUGUGGAUUUGGUCCUCACUUUGCCCGUGCUCUUCUUGGAAGGUUCCCACUAGAUGUUGGACUGUACAGGCCAGUCAAGUUCUUCCGCUGCUUCUCAUCAGGCUAACUUAGUACGUACCUUGCUUUGUGCAUGGGGGCGCUCUUGCACUGAAACAGGAAAGAGACUUCCCCAAAUUGUUCAAGUACAGAAUCUCAAAAAAAGUUAUUGUGAGCUGUAAUUUCAAUGGAACCAGGCGUCCAAAUCACAUAUUCAGGCAGUUAGAGUUCUCCUGGCAUCUGCCUACACCAGAGAGAGAGAGAACAGAUUGUCUGAACCCAGCCCCACCCUGGCUGAAGCUUGACAUUGGCAUGGUAAUAUGUGGGCCAUGCAAAUGCCUCGAACGUCAGAUCUAUCCACCCAUCUCCAGAAGCAAAAGUCCCAAGCGUCAGAUCUAUCCACCCAUCUCCAGAAGCAAAGCUUCCAAGCAUCAGAUCUAUCCACCCAUCUCCAGCAGCAAAUGUCCCAAGCAUCAGAUCUAUCCACCCAUCUCCAGAAAAAAAGGUCCCAAGCAUCAGAUCUAUCCACCCAUCUCCAGAAGCAAAUGUCCCAAGCGUCAGAUCUAUCCACCCAUCUCCAG